CUUUUUUUUCCUGACACCCCUCAUCUUUUCCUUCCUGUUUGUUUGUUUAAUCGGCCGCCCUCACGCAGAUCGGACACCGACGGACCAUGUGUAUGAAGACUCGGUAGGAGGCGAAGCCGCGGCACGACGCGUAUUUGACAUAGGCGAAGCGUGGUUUAGGUCUUAGGAUAACGGGUGACAUGAUGGACCUUCCGGGACUCGUUGUAAUCGGAGCAACGCCCAUUCUACAGCACCGUUCAAAACGGACGGCCGGCUUUCACCGGCGCUGGACAACUGGCGGACGGGAUUCGAGAGAGAUCCGUCUUGUGUCGCGGUAUUUAAUGGCGAAUAACGGAUAUUCUACGACAGCAAAUACUCCUUCCAAUUUGAAUGAAAUUGCGCGUUAAACACGAAGAAUUAAUCCCAGAGGAAAGGCACAAGAAACGGAAAGGUAAAUACAAAAGGAAACAAUGUUGAAACGCAAAUUUGAUCAGAUAGAAGAUAAUAGAGGGCCAGCAAAGAAUUCGUUAGACUCGGAUGAAGAAGAUGAUGCUAAUGAAGAUAAUUACAAUGUUAUGAAUGAAGAUGAGAUUGAAGGUGUGGAGGAUGGGCCAAUUGCUGCUGAAACAAAUGUGGGGUUUACAGCAUUUAACAUGAAAGAAGAGUUAGAGGAGGGCCACUUCGAUAAAGAGGGCCAUUAUCUUUGGAAUAAGGAGAAAGAGAUAAGAGAUAAUUGGUUGGACAAUAUCGAUUGGAUGCAGAUCAAACCGAGUUCCACAGCAAGUACAAAGAAGGGAAACAAAAGCAGUGCUAAACAUGGAUUGGCUGAUAGCGAUAGUGAUGAUGAAGGUCCAGAUAUUAUGUUCAAUCCAGUUCACCUCUAUAAACAAAUAUUGGAAUACCUGAAACCUGGAGAAACAGUAUCCAAGGCUUUGUGUAGGCUUGGUAAAGGAAAAAAGAGAUUAACUACUGCAGAGAGAUGGAAGAGGAAAAAAGAAAAGAAAGAAGUAGAAGAUGAUGGAAAUUCCGUGGAAAUUAUAAAAUUAACAGAAUUAGCAAAUGAAUUGUUAACUCGUACAGGAAACAUGGAUAUAUAUCAAGAAAGUUAUGAGCAUAUAAAAAAGAAGGUGGAAAAGUCUGAAAAGCAUGCUCAUCCUUCGAAGCAAGAAGCAGAAUUAGAUAUGUAUGCAGAUGACUUUGAUGAAAAAGAAAAAGCAAAGUUGGAUGAUGGUGGAGGUAGCAUCAGAGGAACAGCGCAAUCUGAAAAAGAUAAUAUUAAAGAAGAAGACGACGACGAAGAAGAAGAAGAUGAUGAAGUAAUGUGGGAAUUAAAAUGGUCGCAGGACGAAAGUGCAGAAAUUCAUGGGCCUUACACGAGCCAGCAGAUGCAUGCGUGGGCCAAGGAAGGAUAUUUUAAAAGUGGAGCGUGGGUACGAAAAAAAGGACAAACUAAUCAAUUCUAUAACGCCGCAAGAAUGGAUUUCGAACUCUAUCUGUGAUAUUUUCAUUCAGUAUAACCCCGACUAAUUAAACAAAAAAGAAGAAAAAAGCAAAUAGUACAUUAAUAUUUUGACAAUAUUGUAAAGCUUGAUCAAACACUGUGAAACAAUAGCGUGAUUAACGAGUUUAGCUAGUGACUAUAUCGACACACGUGACGAUCGUUUCGACAGAAUAGAGUUGGAUUAAUCAUUCAGAGUCCAUAGCUGGAAUGUUGCAUUUAUCACGUGCUUAGCAGGCUAAUGUCUCGUUUAUUUGUACUAUCUCGGCUCGUUGAACACGCUGUAGUACCCUAUUCGGUGUAAUUGAUAUUCAACAUGAUUGAAAGCAAUUCAUGAUUUAGUAGAGUGCCGAACAUGUAUAAUACUGUAACAAAGUUUAAUGAAGAAACAUUCAAUAGUUACAACCUUGUAACAAGUUAAAAACUUUUCUCGUCUUUAUUUAAACUAGCGUAUCAUCAGUACUAAUACUGAGUAACAAUUCAUUCCACGAUAAGUUGGAUACAAGAGAGAAAGUGUCCAUUUCUUAAUACAUAUCGCACGAAUAAAAUUAUCUGUUUGACAAAUA